AUGUCUGGCAAACAGGUGGUUCUUCAAGUAUGGAGGACAGAAAUCAACAUCUUCAUGAGUCAAGGAGCUGAUGUGAAUGAGGGAGACAAUGACGGUUGGACUGCACUACACCGGGCUGCUCAGAAGGGUCAUCUUGAUGUCACGAAAUAUCUCAUCAGUCAAGGAGCGGAUGUGAAUAAGCUCACCCAGAAUGAUUUAACUGAUAUCCGUCUUGCAAUACAACACGGUAACACGUCCAUCAUUGAGAAGUUAGUUUCUGAGGGAGCUGAUCUCAAUGUCCAGUCAACUGACGGCCAGACGUGUCUGCAUGAAGCCAUUAGACUCUGCUAUAAGAGCGUGAACAUCGUGCAAAAAACUGCCACUCUAACAAAGAUCUCUGAUGAGUAUUACAAGGGCGAACUAUCUCCUGAGAAGGCCUUGGUGUUCUAUCUCCUAGAGAAUGGAGCCGAGACAGAUGUGAGGGACAUCGCAGGCAAACUACCAAUCCAAUAUGCCAAGGACGAAGUGAUCAAACACAUGAUUCUGUCUAGGUGA